CAAAAAUGUUUAAAAUGAAGCGAACUCCAGUCCACAUAAAUAGACUUCUACUUUUAGGUUGCGCAUAUCUAAUCUUUCUUUUGCCAUUGACUUUAGCACGAAUACCAAAUUGUGAGUUCCACGAUACUGUCAAUAUAACUGGUAGUUUACGCUACAACAACGGUUCCUAUUUGCAUGAUGGUGUGAUAAUACCACCUAAACUCAUCGGCGAAUAUGAUUAUGAGGUGCUCUAUGACGGUCUUGAAUUGACUGUGGGGAAACAUGUACGCGGUUGUAUCUGUAAACUAAAACCUUGCGUUAAAUUGUGUUGUCGCCCAAAACAAAUUAAAAAAGAAAACUUAAGAGAAUGUGAAAUUGAUGCUAAAACAGAACUUGAACUGUCACCUUACGUGAAUAUAACUUUCAGCAAUGGUACGGAGCAGAGCAUACAUGUAUUAGAGGAAUUUUAUGUUCAGCAUGGAAUACCCUGUUAUGACGCUUACAAGUUGACACCAGAUAGCGAGGAGGACGAUGAAUGGAAACUCUUCGAGAAUGGCACAUUGAUGCGUUUGUUUGACAAUGCCUUAAUGACAAAACGUGAUUAUUGCUUAACACCACAUGAAGUAAACGGUGUAUAUUUGCUUACUCCAAUGAAUUGUCCAAACUAUGAAGAGCAGUCAAAUAAUCACUUCGCUAACAAUCUUGCAAUGUUAAUAUCUAUACCCUUUUUGGUGUUGACAAUCUUUGUGUAUAUCUUCAUACCGAAAUUGAGGAAUUUGCAUGGAAAAUGCCUUAUUUGCUACUUAUUUUCUUUAACGGUUGGUUAUAGUGUCCUGGUAACCAAUAACUAUUUCAGCAAACAAUAUAAUGAUUUCACUUGCAGUUUUGUAGGAUUCAUGGCUUAUUUCUUUUUUAUCGCGGCAUUUUUAUGGUUAAGUGUGAUAAGUUUUGAUCUCUGGCAUAAUUUCCGAGGCACCAGUUGCAAUGUUAACCGUUAUAUGCAAAACAAACGUUUUGUUAUUUAUUCUCUCUAUGCAUGGGGAAUUGCUGGGAUUCUCACUUUCGCAACCAUACAGGGUCAACUAUCAAGUAUCGAUAAUCAUAUUAAACCCGGAAUUGGCGACGAAUAUUGUUGGCUUAAAACCGAUGAUUGGUCAGCUAUGAUAUAUUUCUAUGGGCCGAUAAUGUUACUAAUUUUAUUUAAUGUGAUUAUGUUUAUACUGACUGCUACAAAAAUUUAUCAAGUUAAAAGGGACUUGGAGCGUAUUGUGGCUCGUGAAAAUGAUCAGAGGUGUUUGCGGUCAGAGAAAGAAAAUUUUGGUUUAUUCCUACGUUUAUUUAUUGUGAUGGGAAUUACUUGGAUGCUGGAAGUUAUGUCGUAUUUGGUAGGCUCUGACAACACUUGGUCCAUAUUUUUUUAUGUACCGGACUUUUGCAAUGCGGCGCAGGGAAUUAUAAUAUUUGUACUUUUUGUACUUAAGAAAAAAGUGAAAAAACUUAUAAAAAAGAGAAUAAAUGCAGCCGAAGAAGCAAAUCCUUUUUUGACAAACACCAAACGUAUAAAUUCGACAAGAAGCACCUCAAAGUCGCAAACAAGUGCCAUAUCACUCAUCAGAGUUAAUUCCAAUCGUUAGUUGCUAUAUGUACGCUUUCUUCAACUGCAAACAUAAAACCCCAAAUUCAUUAUCCUGUUAUCCUGUUGCGACUAUUCAACUCGACAUUAAUUGUAAACUUCAUUAAGCUUUUAAAAGUUAUAACGCCCGUCUCGUGUGAAGACCAAGUUUGGACCCAAAGUAUGCACUUAGCGCAUAAAGAAAUAAAAAUUAGUUUGUAUUUUAAAUAUAUAUGUUUCAUAGUAUUAUAUGUAGUUUAAUUUAUUUUUAAUACUCUUGAAGUAUUAUAUUUUAUAUUUUGUAACUAAAACUCUAAAUAUAUGUUUGUUGUUAAGAUUUCCUUAGUGUUUGUAUCGGCAUGCAUUUUGUAAAUGUAUUAUAUUGUAAAUUGUAAGAAUCUCAUCAAUAUUUUUCAUUCAUAAUUUUUUUAAAAGAAAUUGUACUGCUUUGAACAAAAUUAAUUUAUUAUUAUGUGUAUUGUAAUAUAAACCAAAUAAAACUUAAUUGUA